AUGUCGACCACGCUUGGCUCGUUCAUUGCAGGUGGAAUGGCAGCAUGCGGUGCCGUCACCGUCACGCAUGGAUUCGAGACGGUCAAGAUCCGAUUGCAACUGCAAGGCGAGCUGCAGUCGAAAAAGGCAGCGCCGCGCAUGUACAAGGGCGUCUUCCACGGCGUCCGAGUCAUCCUGUCCAACGAAGGCCCCAGGGGCCUCCUGCGUGGAAUCAACUGCGCCUACGUCUACCAGAUGACGCUCAACGGCUGCCGGCUAGGCUUCUACGAGCCUCUGCGCGCAGGCGUCACCAAAGCCAUCUACCACGACCCCACCCUGCAGUCCUUCGGCGUCAACAUCUUCUCCGGCGCUGCCUCGGGCAUUCUUGGAGCUGCCGCCGGAUCGCCCUUCUUCCUCGUCAAGACCCGUCUGCAGUCGUACUCGCCCUUCCUACCCGUCGGAACACAGCACCACUACACGGGCGCCCUCGAUGGCAUGCGCAAAAUCUACGCGAGCGAGGGGAUGAAGGGCCUCUACCGCGGCGUAGGGCCAGCCAUGGUGCGCACAGGCUUUGGUAGCUCCGUCCAGCUUCCCACCUACUUCUUCGCCAAGAGGCGCCUGGUGAAGCACUUUGGUAUGGAGGAAGGCAUGCCUCUGCACAUUGCGAGCAGUACGGCCAGUGGCUUCGUUGUCUGCUGUGUCAUGCAUCCUCCAGACACCAUCAUGUCGCGCAUGUACAACCAGACGGGCAACUUGUACAGCUCCGCGCUUGACUGCCUGUACCGAACGAUCAAGACAGAGGGCAUCAUGGCCAUGUACAAGGGCUACUUUGCCCAUUUGGCCAGGAUCCUGCCGCACACGAUCCUUACCCUCACGCUCGCCGAACAAACAAUCAAGAUGAUGCGCAAGCUCGAAGACCGGAUCCUGUCUCCAGAGACCAAGGCGGAGAUCUGA